GCGCGCUACUGACAUGGUGUCCCGGAGAGCGGCGCACUGUGGCAGCUGUUUUCUGCCCUGAAACUUGCGACCCUCGGAGGUGUGGAGAGCCUUGAAGAGAGGCGGCAUGCGGCCGGCCGCUGCGCUCCUCAUCCUGGGUGUGUGGACGCUCGGUGUGUUGGGGGAGAAGCUCCGGACGGGACGGACCCUGCAGCCGCUCCGACUCACCAGGGUAAAAAGAGAAACGCCUCUCGUGGUUGGAGCCAAGCAUCAGACCAGCAGUGCCGUGUACAAACGGAGUCCGGACAUCACGAAAUCCUGGGGCACGAAGUCGGAGCAGCUUCUGAGAAUAGAAGACCACGACUUCACGAUGCGGCCGGGAUUUGGAGGACCUGCUGUCCCCGUGGGAGUGGAUGUUCAAGUGGAGAGCCUGGAUGCUAUUUCAGAAGUCGACAUGGACUUCACAAUGACCCUUUACCUGAGACACUACUGGAAAGAUGAGCGUCUCUCCUUCAGGAGUAACAACAACCAGAGCAUGACUUUUGACGGCCGGCUGGUCAAGAAGAUCUGGGUGCCGGACAUGUUCUUCGUGCACUCUAAGAGGUCCUUCACUCACGACACUACGACUGACAACGUGAUGCUGCGAGUGUUCCCGGAUGGAAAAGUCCUCUACAGCCUCAGGGUGACAGUGACUGCCAUGUGUAGCAUGGACCUCAGCCGCUUCCCCCUGGACACACAGACGUGCUCGCUGGAGAUAGAAAGCUACGCCUACACGGAUGACGACCUGAUGUUGUACUGGAAGGAAGGCAACCGCUCACUGAACACAGAUGAGAGGAUUUCUCUGUCGCAGUUCCUGAUCCAGGAGUUCCACACCACCACCAAACUGGCCUUCUACAGCAGCACAGGCUGGUACAACCGUCUCUACAUCAACUUCACGCUGCGCCGCCACAUCUUCUUCUUCCUGCUGCAGACCUACUUCCCCGCCACGCUGAUGGUCAUGCUUUCCUGGGUGUCCUUCUGGAUCGACCGCAGGGCCGUCCCUGCCCGAGUCCCUUUGGGAAUAACCACCGUGCUGACCAUGUCCACCAUCAUCACAGGAGUCAAUGCCUCCAUGCCCAGGGUGUCGUACAUCAAAGCUGUGGACAUCUACCUCUGGGUCAGUUUCGUUUUCGUCUUCCUGUCGGUGAUCGAGUACGCUGCCGUCAACUACCUGUCUACUUUGCGAGAACGUAAGGAAAGAAAGCUGCGAGAGACGCUUCCAUGCACGUGUGGUAUAGCUCAUCCGGGGAUGAUGUCCACGAGCUACAGCGAGGUGGACGCCAACACCACCGGGAACUACGGCUUGCCAGAGAUCAAUGGAAUCAAACGCGACCGCACGCUGGACCUGGGCAUGGAGAGCGACCCGGUCACCGGCUACGUAGGCUCCAGCGCCUACAGCAGCGUCUGGAUCGACACGCACGUCAUCGACAAGUACUCACGGGUUGUCUUUCCGGGAUCGUACAUCCUCUUCAACAUCAUCUACUGGUCCAUCUACUCCUAACAGAGACUGAGAGGAACAAUCUUAACACAGCUGGCCUUUCCCAGUGGAGCCAUCUGGUCACAUGACUGCUGUGCACGCAGGAACUGCCUUGGCUUGAUGGAGAAAACAUGAAGCUGGCAGUUCACUGUUAUGUUGAUCCCUGCAUCCCUCACAGCAAAACCUUCCGGACCUCGAUGUUGACCUGGUUUGAACUCUGUUGAUCUUCCUGGGAUGAACUAGAAAAUUGAUCCCGGCAUUUCAUGAUGAUGUUUCCUCCAUAUGGUUGCAUGGUUAGAGAAUGUUGGAUGAGGCCCUCAAGCCAAAAAACAGAAGAACAGAAGAAGAGUCUUAUCUUAAAUUUUCCUAAUAAAAUAUAAAAGGAGAAAAUAAAGAGAAAGUUUAAUACACCACGGGUGGCACAGUGGCGCAAUGCUUAGCACUGCCCUCAGCAAGAAGGUUCAGGGUUCAAAUCCAGCUCAGGACCUUCUCUGUGGAGUUUGCAUGUUCUACCCGUGUCCUGCGUGGGUUUUCUCCCGGCACUCCAGUUUCCUCCCACAGCCCAAAGACGUGCUCACUAGCCUGUGAUAGACCUGUCCAGGGGGACAAGUGGACCUCAUAAAUCUGGGGAAAGGGCUGCAUUUGGUCAUGUUUGAGUUAAGCCCCACAAGUGUCUCCUGAGACGAUCUGGUAGGUUGCGUUCCAUCUGUACCAGACAACUUGUGUGCAUUCCAUUUGCGUUCCAGUGGCCGACAAAUACGAGCGCCCCCUCGUGUUCUGUACUUACAAACCAAAGCGUUUCUCUGGUACUACACCACAGAUUAGGAUUUCAAAGUACCGGCCUUCACCACUUGUGGGGGUGGGGGGUACUUACUUAGCGACCACAAGCCGACACUUGCACAUUCUUUUUCUGGUGACAGUGCAAGAAUAAACACCCAGAAAUCCCAGAGGAAGCCAUCAUUGUUACCUUGUGUGUUGUGCGUGAUCUCAUCCCGCUAACAACAGCUGUCAGGUGUUUGGGGAAAUUGAUAAAAGAGGACUGUGUGGUCCAUCCCAACAUUAAUCCCUUCAUUAAUUAAUCGAGUGUUUCUCAAACGCUGCAGUGAUGGAGGCGGAUUGUAAUCUCAGGUACUGACGGCACUUUCAAAUAAAAAAAGUGAA